GGGCUAGGUGUGAGGACAUCUUCGAGAUAUAAAUACCCAUCGAUUUUUAUUUUCAGGCACAGUCCACUCGACUAGCAAUUACCUAAGACAACUAAGUAAAAUGGCUUCACAAAAAAUGAUCGUUGCUCUCCUAGUAGCAAUCGCAGUCUCAGGCUGUUUGGGAGGCCCUUCAGUUCCCGCAGUCCCAGCAGCCAUAGCUGCUGUACCAGCAGCUUACUCUGUCCCAUACGCCUCAUCUUACACCGCCAGUGUUGUUAACCAUGGUAUCGCCGCUCCCGUUGUUGCUGCCCCCGUCGCCGCUCCUUUGGUCGCCGCCCCCGCUCCAGUCGUCGCCGCUCCUGCGAGAGUUGCAGCUCCUCUUGUAGCUCCUGCAGCUCUUCCAUACGCCGCCCUUCCAGCUGCUUACAGCGCUCUUCCUGCUGCUUACAGCGCAUAUCCUGCUGCUUACAGCGCUCUCCCAGCUGCAUACAGCGCUCUUCCAGCUGCAUACAGCGCUCUUCCAGCUGCAUACAGCGCUUUGCCCGCAGCUGCUCCUUUAGUAGUCAGGAAGUAAGCGGAUUAAAGGAAAUGUGACCAAAUACAACAAACCAACUGUUACGAAAAUAUCUCUUGCUACGGUGGCAUAUAGUUAAUGUAUUACGAAGAAACGUUGCUGCCUUAUCAGGGGUGAAUGACCUGUCGUGUAUAUAGUGUAUAUUUGUGAAGCUUUAGGUAAUUUUUAAAUAAAUAAUUUUGUAUUCAUUAAAA